UUGCAGCGUGUUCUAUGUAAUGCAUGCUCGCCCGCCCCUCUCUCUCUCGUCCUCUGCAGGGCAGUUAGCCGCAUUAGCUCCCUCGCUGUCCUCAGAUGACUCCUCCUCCUCCUCCUCCUCCUCCUCGGCUGUCUGCUGUGUCUCUGCCUCCCUCUCCUCCCUCCCCCCCUCCUGUGACACACCAGACGAUGCGUUGACUGAGCGCAGGAGAAGAAGAAAACCUCUCCCAGCCAGCCGUCCUGCCUGCUGCAUGGAGGAGAAGCAGAGGAGGAAGAGGAGCAGAGAGGAGCUGUUUCUCUGGACCGAGCUGAUCUGCAUCUUAAUGAUUGACCACCUCCUUCUCAACCUGAACCCCCCGCCUCCUUGCUGACCUUUGACCUCACUGUUUGUUCAGCACCAGCAUUAUGGACCUCAGACUUUUUGGAGGAACUUUCUGCAGCAUCCCCGACACCUAAACGCCCCGCUGUCUGCAUCCGUCAGCCCAGCUCUGGCUCAUCAGGACCGUCAUCAAACCGCCGUCCACUUCCCGUUGCGACCUCAGCGAGCCGACGGCCACCACCAUGUCGGAGGGGCUGCUGCAGGUGGAGAUCCCCGAUUUCGGCAGCAGCGUGUUGGGCAGCCUGAACGAGCAGCGGCUGCUGGGACACUACUGCGACGUCUCCAUCCUGGUGCAGGGUCAGGCCUUCAAGGCGCACCGGGCCGUCCUCGCUGCCUCCUCGCUCUACUUCAGAGACCUGUUCAGCUCUGCGGCCGACUCCUCCUCCUCUUCCUCCGACUCCUCCUCCCAGGCGGUGUUCGAGCUCCCGUCCUCAGUGACGCCGACGUGUUUCCAGCAGAUUCUGUCCUUCUGCUACACGGGGCGCCUCAGCAUGGCGGCCAGCGAGCAGCUGGUGCUCAUGUACACCGCCGGGUACCUGCAGAUCCAGAACAUUGUGGAGCGCGGUAUGGAGCUGAUGAUGAUGAAGGCUUCCUCUGCCUCCUCACCGCUCUGCUGUGACUCACAGACAACCUCAGCAGACGAGCUCGGGGGCUUUGACACUCAGACGGCCCAGCAGCAGCAGCACGGCGCCCCCCAGCUGCAGGAAGUGAGUCCAGACCAGCCGGCGUUGAGCCCCGAGGAGCUGCUGCUCGCCGUCAGCAGGAUCAAACAGGAGCGAGCUGAUACGCCUCCUGCGGAGGAGGCCGGAGGAGCAGCAGGAACAGGAGGAGAGGAGACCAGAGUGGACAUCGCAGCAGAGCUCCAGUCCUCCAGGAGCACGGCUUUGUGUUACCUGAGUGCAGGUGGGCUGGUUCCGGGUCUGCAGUCCUACCUGCUGGCAGGCGGGGGUCGCUCCAGUCCAGGAGGAUCCAGUCUCCCCACAGACUCUCCCCCAUCCCACCCACCCACCGAGGAAGAGCUGGAGGAAGAUUACUACAGCAACGCUGUACACCCCGGACUCUAUCAGCACAUCUACGGACACCCCGGAAACCCCUACAUCCAAGAGAAGAUGGAGAUGCUCUCCCUCCCAUUGGCUAAUGAGCGUCGGCCCUGCGUGCUGGUUGGUCGGGACAACAUGGCACUUCCCGCCAGUCUGAUCAGUCAGAUUGGGUAUCGGUGCCACCCGUCACUCUACACCGAGGGAGACCCAGGAGAGAAGGUGGAGCUGGUGGCAGGUUCAGGUGUGUUCAUGACCCGAGGUCAGCUGAUGAACUGUCACCUGUGUGCUGGAGUCAAACAUAAGGUGCUGCUCAGGAGGCUGCUAGCAACCUUCUUUGACAGAAACACGCUGGCCAAUAGCUGCGGGACAGGGAUCCGCUCCUCCACCAAUGAUCCGAGCCGGAAGCCCCUGGACAACCGAGUGUUAAACACUGUCAAACUGUACUGUCAGAACUUUGCUCCUAACUUUAAGGAGAGCGAGAUGAACGUCAUUGCAGCCGACAUGUGCACCAACGCCCGCAGAGUCCGCAAACGUUGGCUCCCAAAGAUCCAGUCUCUCCUCCCCGAGGGCCUCCCCGCCUCUGCAACCUCCCAUCCCCGUAAGGGUAAGAAAGGGGGAGCAGGUGGAGGAGGUGGGAGUCAGGGGGCAGAGUCGGUGGCACAGUCCAGCGGAAGCCCCUUUGAGCUGGACCUGCGGCAGCUCAGCGCAUCCUACCUCGGCCUGGAGGCCCCGCUGUAUGCUGAGCGGCGCGAGAGGGAGGCAGCAGGGGAGAGGGAGAAGGAGGCCCCAGCCACCCUCCUGCCUCACCUGCAGUUUGCUGGGUCCCGUGGAGGAGGAGGGGCCAGCGGGGGGCAAGUGGAGGAGGGAAUGACGGGAGGUGAGGCGGAGGGGGACGGGAGGCUACAGACUGAACAACCGCCAGACCUCCCCCUCUCCCUAUCCUCCUCCUCCUCUUCCUCCUCAUCCUCCUCACACCCUUCCCCCCAGCCUGCGGAGCCCGCCCCUCCUCACAGGGCAUUGGCUGACACAGAUGAGCGAGGGGUGGAGCCUCUGGAAGACAGCCAAUAAGCUUUCUAAUGCAUCUGCCUACCUGUAUGUAAAUAACACAAUAGCUACCUGUCCCCCCACCCGUCUGUCUGUCUGUCCUCUCGUCCGUCUACCUGUGUGUUCCCCUACCUCACUACCUGUCCACCUGUCUACCUCUCUGCCCCGUCUGUCUGACUACCUGUCUGUCUGCUCGGCUCUGCUGCAUGCUAACAGCCUCCUGCAGUCCAGCACACAGGCCCAUAGCAACAGGACUGAUGAUGAUGAUGACGAUGAUGAUUAUACUCACUCUGAUAACAACAAUAAAGCUUCUUGAUAAUCAGA